GUCGUCGCCAUGAUGAAAUUUCUUAUGCUGAAAAUUGUCGGACUUUGUGAAUUCUGCCCUAAAUCCUUGCAGUUUGGGAUUGACUAGACAGUCACAUAUUCACGCACAAACUGGAAGUAACAAAUUCGCUUUGGGUCACCGUUAUGUCCAGCCUGAGGUCCCCAUCACUUGAACUGCGCUAGCUUGGUACUAUGAUAUCAAUGCAAGACACUAUGCCGCCCGAACAGCAGGAGCACUACUGGCCAAGGAGGAAACCACACCGCUCAAGGAAUAGAAAUAUAUUUUUUUCCUAAAAUUCUCAGUGUUAAACGAGGUGUCAAGACCUUCAGAAUCUAGCUGGGUCAACAGGAGCAAGUGACCUGUUGCAGUCAGAAGAGAAAGGGGAAUAGCAACAUUGCAGGGUUCCAGCAAGAUGUGUGUUAUCAACCAUUGCCAAGUAAUCUUUCCAGCCAAGUCGUCCUACAGGCGUCGAUUACCUCAAGGAAACAUAGUGACACAUUGUUGCAUCACCCUUCUGAAUCUUUCCAUUCCUCCAACAAGAGAGAAGUAGGUCCCUGUAGAGACAAGCUGAGGGGCUGAGGGUCUCUUAGCUAUUUCCUGUGUCAGUGGUGGAAGUCCUCUUUAAAGAUUGACUGAAGAAUAGAAAGAGAGAAAAGAUGAAAGUAAGGGAUUCUUCUAAGGUUCACUAUCGUCCUGGCCGUCAGCAUGAGUCUACUCCUCCUUCAACACCUGUCAAAGAGUGGGGGGCCAGCUUCAAACACAGGUUCUCCUUUGGAUAUGCCAUGCUGCUCAAUCGCUACUCCAUCAUUGUCAUCCUUGCAAUCAUUGCCAUGGUUACGGCAAGUGCUUUUACAGCCAUCCUUUUCUUUGAUGUGCCAGACUUUUCAGACCCGAUAGCGGGAUUUGAACCUCGUGGCACCACCAUCAGUGAGCGAUCCAUAGCUUUUAGCAAUAUGAUGAACCAAACUGGGGCAGGUUUGCCGCUUUCCACGUAUCCUGUGAAUCUUGGAGGUAGAUCGCCCGCCAAUGUCGUCUUAGAGCCGUCCGCAGUACCGAGCCGGGGACUCACCAGGACCCCAAGUCCCUCUGUAACCAUCAAUCAAAGCCAGUCACUUUGGGCAGAUGAAGAAUCGUCUUUCAGCUAUGAUGAGGAUAAAGGGGCACCAGAUGAAGGUGAUCUUUCUGGGAGUGAGGACAAUACUGAAGCACCCUCCACUGCCAUAGGUCCUCUCUGUGGCACACCUCAGAAAUUCUAUGCUCGUAUGGUAUAUGAACCUCUUGAUGGGAAAACUCUUUUCACCGUAGAAGCCCUUCACUCCAUGUGUGAACUGGAGUUACAGAAUGUCAGAUCUCAUGUGCAGUUCAUGAAGGCCUGCUAUACGAGCAACGUCACCAAUGCCUGCUGUCCAAGUUGGUCCCUACCAAACUACGUUGCCCUGCUGAACAACAGGUCAAACUGUUUCAACAUUACUAGUAAGGACGUGCAAGAAACACUGCAGUUGCUAAGAACAUGCUCCCAUUUUUACCGGACAAGAGAGCUGCGGCAUGACUGCUCCCAUACAGGGACGUAUAUGAGCAACAGCUGUGCAAAUGUCCCAAGGAAGUGCGUAAGAUUUGAUGCGGUGUACAAUAUACUUCACUACCUGGUGGAUGUGGACUUCAUGUGCGUGGAGAGACCGAAUAACGAACGUGUGAACUAUGCCCUAGUGGUCAUGCCAGUUUACGCAGGAAGUGAUGUCAGAGAAAUAUACGAUGAUAAAUUUAAAGCAGGUGAUGUGCAGGACCAGGUUACUAAAAUAUCUGGAUUGUAUUUUGGUAUAAAGCAGGAUUUAUUCAGCGAGUACCUCACGACUGAUGCUGUUUAUCCCUGCCUCGGGGUUGUGAUUGUGGUGAUACUGAUGUGGAUGUAUAUUGGAUCACUGUUUGUCACAAUCAUGACCAUCAUCAGCAUGGCAAUGUCCCUCAUUUCUGCAUACUUUGUCUACUUUGCUGUCUUUAGGAUUCCCUUCUUUCCUUUCAUGAAUCUCACCAGCGUCAUUCUUCUCGUCGGGGUCGGUGCAGACGACGCAUUUGUCUUCUGCGAUAUCUGGAAAGAGUCGCGAAAGGAUCGCCCUAACGCACCUCGUGUUAUUGUUGUCAUGGAGACGCUCCGGCAUGCAGCCCUGUCUAUGUUUGUUACCAGUUUUACGACUGCUUCAGCAUUCUAUGCCAACACGAUCAGCAACAUCACCGCCAUCAAGUGCUUUGGUCUAUAUGCGGGCACAGCUAUAUUAUUAAACUUUGUUUUGAGCAUCACUUGGCUUCCAGCAGCUGUCAUUAUUGAGGAUAGAUACUUCACUGACUCAAAAGAAUACAAUUCUCAAAAGCAUGAACAAAAGUACAAAACAAAAAAGAGUGUGUGUAAACACCUAGUAUUUAUUUUUAAAAAGUGCACAGAAUGGUUUAGUGACUGGGCUAGAAUAUUCUUUAAAAAGAUUUUGCCAUGUGUUGUUAUCAAACCCCGUUUAGUUUGGAUAUUGCUGCUUGGAAUUGUCAUGCUUGGGGGCUUUUGCCUUAUCUUUUUAGAUCCAGGACUUCAGCUUCCCACGAUACCAGAGUUCCAACUAUUCAGAUCGAUGCAUCCAUUUGAGCGAUAUGACUUUGUUUUCAAAGAUCUCUUCUGGUUUGAGAAGGUGAAUCGUGGCUCGCUCUAUGCCCAUCUUCCUAUUACAGUUGUUUGGGGUGUGGAGCCAAUAGAUGAUGGAAACCCUUUAGACCCAGAUGACAUUGGCAACCUUGUCCUUAAUUCCGACUUUGACAUGGCUUCACCAAAAUCACAACUGUGGCUUCUGAGAUUCUGCAGGUUACUGAGAAACCAGACCUUUUUUUCAUCAACACCAAGUUUGAAAAUUGAAAACUGUUUUAUAGAGACAUUCAAUGAAUGGAUGGAUAAUAGAAAUUGCAUAGAUGGGGAGACAGGUAUGAGUAACGUACCCUGUUGCAAAGGUUCACGUUUCCCUUAUUCUAGAUCAGUCUUCAAUCAGUGCCUAAAAACUGCAGUUACAGAAUUACAUCACUACUCUCCCUCAUACUUUGAAAAGUGGAAACCUGGACCAAGAUUUGGUAUCGAAGACAAUUUAGUGAAGGCAGUCGUCAUUGAAUUUGACAGUUCAUAUUCUUUUUCACAUUCGUAUGACCAAAUGAAACAAUUUUGGACCAAGCUAGAAAGCUGGAUGAAGCCCGUUCUUAAAACAGCUCCGUCGAGUCUUGGACAAGGGUGGUUUAUCAGCUAUCUCGAUUUCUACAAUCUGCAAGACAACCUAGCAAGAGGUACACCCCUUUCUUUGGGCCUUUCUAUCGUCAUUGCAAUGUUUGUUAUGUUUCUUACAACACGGAACUUUGUAAUCAGCUUGUUUGCUAUUCUCUCCAUAUCAGGUACAAUUUGUGUAACAAUUGGUACCCUGGUCCUCCUUGGAUGGCAACUCAACAUUCUGGAAUCUGUCAUUCUCUCUGUAUCAGUAGGCCUCUCCAUUGACUUCACAGUGCACUAUGGGGUGGCGUACUGUAUGGCGCCAGAGCCAGACCGUGAAUCUCGUGUUGUUUACUCACUGGGACACAUGGGAUCGGCCAUUAGCAUGGCUGCCCUUACCACAUUUAUUGCUGGUGCACUGAUGAUGCCUGCUAGCAUACUCUCCUACACACAGAUGGGGACAUUCCUGAUGUUGAUCAUGACCAUAAGUUGGCUUUACUCUACGCUCUUCUUCCAGGCUUUGUGUCGUGUUAUUGGACCGGAGGGAAAUGCAGGCCAGGUUCCUUUGCCUUCUUGCAUCUGCUACUCUGUGGAUCGCAUCUGCUGCUGCUGCUGUUGUUGCUUCAGUGCCCAUUUCAAGUACGCAAACUCCUGCAGCAAUAACGGCGUUGACGAAUCGGAAGACAGCGUGUCCUUUCCCUCAUCCACCAUGCAGAGUGCAGAAUCCCAUGAACUUGAGCCGCUCAAAGCGGAAUAUAGCUCCACUGCGUUAGACUCCGGGUAUUGUUCACAUAUGACUAUGGACAGGGGCUUGUCAAACUGCAGAUCAGAGUUCAGCCCCCGACGAGAAGGUACGGAAAAUACGAUGGAGCAAAAUUCCCACUGCACUCCAGGGCCCAGUACUGACUUUCAUUACACUAUACCCACAGCUUCUAAAGCUGUUAACGGUUUUUCUGUGUCCCCUAAACUUGCCCUCUCUAACCAACAACCUAGUCGGGUAUCAUCUAAGUCUCAUUCUCCUGUCAUAUCAACUGCAGUGGUAAUGGAUGGUUCAAAUUUUGUUACACGGGUCUGUAAUCCCUUAUCCAAAAUUGAGUUGAUGGAGCCAGAGGAAGCCAUCAUACCAAACAGAUCUUCACAGGUAGAGAAUGUUUGGUUGCCCAGAUGAUAAAGAGAUAUACACAUUCAUUUUAUAUCAUUGUGUAACUGUACAUUUGAGAAUUCUAUUUAUUGCAGGCCACUCGGCCCUACCUUGCAGAGUUGGGAUCGUAAUGGGACAAAUAUUACUUGCUCUAAUUUCUAUCAUUAGUUAAUUAUAUGAAUGCUCUAGAUUAUUCUGAAAUACAUAUUUGCUAGGCUUGAACUAUGAGUACCACUGUUAGUCAAUAGUCAGCAGUUUUUACAUUUAAUAAGUCAAUGCUAAUAUUAUCAUUAUGUUUUAUUAAUUAUUGUUGAUUUACUACAAUGAAUGAAUUGGUAUACUUGUUCUGUUCUUACAUAGUUAAGCUAUGCUCAUGAAAGUAAAAGUAAAUGCAUCCUAUUGUGAUGCGUCAUGAUCAAAAGUAUUCUUUUAUCACUUUUUUGGUCGAACAUAUGAACAGCAAUAUAGUUGAGUGCCCCCCCCCCCCUUCUUCAGUGAAAGUAAUGUUGUGCCUGAACUACAGGGCUCUCCCUGCCAUGGUGAGUAUUCCAAUUUCUUGAAAAUCAUGUGCGAGGGAGCAAAGUCAAUAAGAGGAGGGGGGAUGUCCCCAUACAGAAGUUGUUUUGUCUCUGUUUCAUCCGUUCCAAUCGUGAUCACACUCCCACACGUGUAGAAGUAAGAGCGCGAUUGAAAUGAACACAGAAACUUUUGAUUUAGGAUGUUCCGAGCCACCCAAGGUGUUGAACUUUCUCAAGAAGAUUCUGUUGCAAACAGUAAUAAUACCUGAGAGGGUAUUUUGAACUAUUUUCACCUGUUUCUACAGGUGUAAUUGAGUUGUCACAUGAAUUACUUUGUAUUAGCCCUGCAUUUCUCAAUGAUGUGAUAAUACUAGACAUUCAGAAAAAUCAGCAGAAUGGACAAUAAAUUAACAUUUUCCUUUACCUUUAAGUAAAAAACAAGAACAGUACUUGAAAUAAGUGAUGUGUUGCUAUGUCUGGAAGCCUCCAGCAAACUUUCAGGUUUUUCAAAAACUAUGGUUAAAAGGUGUCCAUACACUUUGUUUAUGUUAGUAAAGGAGUGUAUGAACUAGGAACGUGGAAUCCAGUAUACAUAUACUAGUCAUUGCUAUGUCAGUCAAAGCUCUUACACACAUAUUGAUUAUUAUGAAUGGCUAUUGUAAUGUAAAAAGUAUUAUGAAAUUUGAAUAUAUGGUAGUGAGUACAUAAAUCUUUUUAUUACAAAUUUUAACAUCAGUUUGCCUCAUUAUUUAUUGCUAAUUCAGUCAGAUCUCUGACAAGCAUUUGUCAUUCCAAUACAGUAGCCAAUUGAGAAUUUGAUACCUCAAGUUGGGGGAUUAUCUGGGUAUAAAGAUAAAUAUGUAGACUUCUGUGACCCCUGACCUUUGAAAUUGUGACCCCAAAAUUAAUCAGAUCAUCUUCAUAUCAUAUUGAUAUCCAUAUGAGCCAAGUUUGAAAUUGAUCUCCAAAUGGUCUUCAGUAUUUGAUAGAAUGAGAUGACCUCUAUGGUAUUUUAACAUGUGACCCCCAAUUCUAGUUUGAUCAUUAUCACUCCAAUAUGCAUACAUGGACAUGAACCAGAUAUGAAGUUGAUUCGAUAUUUCAAUGUAUGUAAUAAUCUCUCUGACCUUUGACCUCAUGACUCCCAAAUCUAUUUGGAUCAUUUCACACUGAUAAACAUACUCAAGUUCCACUAGUAGAUUCAUGUUAUAUCUUGCCAUUCAAACUUAUUAUUAUGAAGGUAAAAAAAGGUGAAGUACCAUUUUAAUGAUCUCACUCCCUUUGAUCCCAGUAUUGAUGUCACAUGUAUAAAUUAUGUUAGGCAUGUGCUGUAUUGGAUUUGCUUGCAGAUUAUAGACAAUGCGACUUGUGCCAUUAUGUUGGGUUGUGCAUCAGGUCAGACAGUCGCGUAUAUGCGACCAUUCGAGAAAAGGGAACCGUACAUUCCUGAAAUGUCGGGUUCAGUUUACCAGUAUGCUUUACCCGGGUAAACUGGACCCAAUGUUGCAGGAAUUUAGGGGGCC